AUGGCUGUUGGAAAGAAUAAGUCGUUCUCCAAGAGAGGUGCCGGUAACAAGCGCCGCGCCGUUGACGCUUUCGCUAAGAAGGAUUGGUACGACUUGAAGGCACCUUCACUCUUCGAGACCCGCAACAUCGGUAAGACAGUCGUCAACCGUUCAGCUGGUCUUAAGAACGCCGACGACAGUCUUAAGGGACGUAUCGUUGAGCUUUCACUUGGUGACCUCAACAAGGAUGAGGACCAAGCAUUCCGUAAGAUGAAGCUCAAGGUUGACUCUAUCCAAGGCAAGAACUGCUUGACCUCAUUCUACGGUAUGGAUAUGACUUCAGACAAGUUACGUUCCUUGGUUCGUAAGUGGCAAUCAUUGAUCGAGGCACACGUCGAUGUCCGUACAACCGACGGCUACUUGGUCAGAUUAUUCGCUAUUGCUUUCACCAAGCGUCGCCCACAACAAGUCAAGAAGACAACAUACGCCAAGUCAUCCCAAAUCAAGGAGAUCCGUAAGAAGAUGUUCGAUAUCAUGACUAGAGAGGCCGGCUCUUGUGACUUGAAGCAAUUGGUUCAAAAGUUCGUCCCAGAGGCCAUCGGUCGUGAGAUUGAGAAGUCAACAAGAAACAUCUACCCAUUGCAAAAUGUUUUCAUCAGAAAGGCAAAGAUCUUGAAAGCACCAAAGUUCGAAUUGGGCAAGUUAUUGGAACAACACGGUGGUGCACAAGCCGCAACUGAAGACUCUGGUGUCAAGGUUUCAAAGGGUACCGACUACGUUGAGCCAGCACCACUUGCAUCAGUUUAA